UAUGGUGCGAAAAAUAUUAUCACAAAGGGUUGUAUGUAGAGAAAUGAUCCGAAUGAAUCCACCGGCUUUUCAUCAAUUAUGUGGAAUAUUGGAGAGAGAUGGCGGGCUUAAACGAACUCAAAGAGUUACUAUUGAGGAACAAGUUGCAAAAUUUUUGUAUAUGUUGGGACACAACGUAACUACUCGUGAGGUUAGUAAGAUAUUUGGACGAUCUGGAGAGAGUGUGAGUCGUCAUUUUUAUAAUGUUUUAAGAGCUAUGAUAGAGUUGGAAGAGAUAUUUUUAGUGCAACCCAAUGGAGCACAAAUUCCUCCAGAGAUACUGAACAAUCCAAAGUUUGAUCCAUAUUUCAAGGAUUGUGUUGGAGCAAUAGAUGGAACACACAUCCGAUUAAAGGUUUCUCCUACUGACGCUCCUAAAUAUCGUGGUAGGAAAGAUCACCCGACACAAAAUGUAUUGGCUGCCUGCACAUUUGACUUGAAAUUCACUUAUGUCUUACUCGGGGGUACCGACCCAAAAGAUGAUUUCCUUGAAGGGGAAGAAGAUGAUAAUGAAAACUCAUCGGUUGAAGAUGAUGUGAACGAGGAUGAAGAUGAACAAAGAGGGAAGUGUUUAAGAGAUUCCAUUGCAGCUUCUAUGUGGCAAUAUUUUAAUGCAUGA